AUGUCAACCAACAACAAGCACCUUAUCACGGACUCCACAACCCUCGUCAGGGACAGUCUCCAGGGCCUCAUCCACGCCAACCCUCACCUCGCCCUUGACUCUCAGCAAAAGGUCGUCUUCAUCAAGGACCUUGCCACCCGGCGCACCAGCCACGUCACUUUACUCUGUGGAGGAGGCAGCGGACACGAACCUUCCCACGCUGGAUUUGUUGGCCAGGGCAUGCUCACUGCCGCCGUCUGCGGCCACGUCUUUGCCUCGCCCACAUCCUCGCAGGUCCUCUCCUGUCUCCGCAGGAUCUAUUCCGAAGACAAGGGCUCCUUGGUCGUCAUCAAGAACUACACGGGAGACGUCCUCAACUUUGGACGCGCUGUCGAGCGCUUCAAGUCUGAGAGGGUUCAUCAAGGAAAGCCUAUGCCCAAGGUUGCGAUGGUCGUUGUUGGCGAUGAUGUAGGCGUUGUUAACCCGAAUGAUGAUGAGGAGGGAGGGGUCGGUCGGCGUGGACUUGCUGGGACAGUCUUGGCCUACAAACUGGCAGGAGCGGCGGCCGCCAACGGCGACAGCCUGGAGCAGGUUAAAAAGACGAUCGAGUAUGCCGCCUCCCACACUUUUACGAUUGGAUGUGCUUUGAACGCUGCCUCGGUGCCGGGGCAAGGGAUGCCACGCUCGCUCAAGGAGAAUGAGAUCGAAGUCGGAAUGGGCAUUCACAACGAGCCAGGGUUCGAGAAGAAGACACUGGAGUCCGCGGAUAAGGUUAUCGACAGCUUGGUCGACCAUAUCGUCCAGAGCCACCCCUUUGCCAAGGCCUCUCCAUCUGGCAAGGCCAACGUUGUGAUUCUUGUCAACAACUUGGGCGCCAUCUCGAAUCUGGAGAUGGGUCUGGUCACCAAGCUUGCGGUUGAGGCUGCUGCCUCCCAUGGACUCAAGGCUGUCCGCGUGCUUUCGGGAACAUACAUGACAGGACUGGCCAUGCCCGGCAUCAGUAUCUCAGUUUUGGUCCUUCCUGACAAUCAGAAUGAGCAACAGGAAUUGGUCGCCCUUCUUGACCAGCCGGCAUACUGUCCUGGGUGGAUCAAUCAGGCUCACCAGGUUGUCGACGCAGGCAACACAGACGAGUCAGCCAAAGGACCAGCGCAGUCAUACACACCGGCAUCCGACUCAACUUGGGAACGCGUCAUCGAAACGGCAUACAACAACGUAGUCGAGCAGGAACCCGAGAUUACCCGAUUGGAUCAGCUUAUGGGCGACGGUGAUUGUGGUCAAGUCUUGCUUUCCGGCGCAACGGCCAUCUUUGAGGCCUCCAAGGACAAGACCCUGCCUCUCAACGACCCCUCAGCGGCUCUUGCACGGAUCUCUUCGAUCGUCGAGGACGCAAUGGGCGGCACCUCAGGAAUCAUUUACUGCCUUUUCCUUGAUGGCCUGUCCCAGCAACUGCACCAGAUCCUCAAGGACGGUCAGGAAAAGUCACUCACGGCCAAGGUCUGGGGCAAGGCCAUGCUCGGCGCCCUGGACACUCUUUAUCACUACACAACGGCACGACCUGGACACAGGACGUUGAUUGACGCACUGCAGCCGUUUUCCAAGACGCUUGCAGAGACAGGGGACGUCAAGGCAGCGCUGGAGGCAGCAGAGAAGGGAGCCAAGGCUACAGAGACCAUGAAGCCCAAACGUGGUCGUGCCGUCUACGUCGGACAGAAUGAUGGGCUGGCAGAUGCUGGUGCUGUUGGACUGGUUUCUGUCUUGACUGGUAUCUCUGAAGCGUUGCAAAAAUAA